AUGCUCCUCGGUCGCGUCCUGUUAAGCCUAAAGUGGACGUUUUCAGAAAGUUUGAACCUACCGAGGAUUUUUGCAGUCAGUGAAGCGUCCGUUCACAGACUGCGUCACGUCACCACGUGUCAACCACAGCUAGGACUCAAGGCUCUAAUCCCACAGACGUGUCUGUACCAGCUCAUAGUGAGCGACAUGCAGCCAGUGAGCAUCUGCCAUGGCAAAGAGACCACUGUUGCCUCAGGGGGUGAAGAUGAUGAAGGUGCAGUUGGACAUGAUGAAACAGUGAAAAUAAUUACGAAUCUAGACCAGGUGGAGGCUGUCACCAAAGGAGUCCAGUCAGGAGCAGUCUCCACUGGAUCUGGAUCUAAUGAGAAGACAAAAAGGAAGAUGAAGAGAGAGUGGAAGAAGCUGAUGAAGAAGAAGCUCAGGUCGGCCCAUAGUUCGGACAAUUUAAUGUCAGAGCUUCCUUUUGCUCUGACCAGUCCCACCACAUGGAAGGAGCUGGAAUUCCCCAGCCCAGAGUCUGGGUCAACCCAGAAAAAAAGAAAGAGGAAGAGAGGUGAAAGUGGAGUGCGAGUGGACAGUGAGGAGGAUGGAGACAAGAAGAAAAAGAAGAAAGACAGUCAACGGCCCAACUACUUUGUCUCCAUCCCUAUUACUAACCAAAAGAUAAGCUCAGCCGUGGCUGAGGUCCAAGAGGCGGUGCUUCAGCAGGAGCCCCGAUUGGCUAAAGCUAUGAUCCCAGUCCCGACGCUCCACAUCACGCUGUUAGUCACCCAUCUCGCCAAUCAGGAGCAAAUAGACCUAGCGGCUACCGUGCUGGCCCGGGUCGAGCCAUCAUUGGCUGAGCUGCUGGGUGGGCGGGACCUAGUGCUGCCCUUCUCAGGCAUCGGUCAUUUCAGGAAGGAGGUGGUGUUUGUUGGGCUGGGCCCCGGACAACACAGACACACACUGGACAGCUUGGCAGAGUUGUUGCGGAGUCGCUUUGAAGAGGAGGGGCUUUUGCAAGGAGGCAGUCGUGGGUUUGAACCCCACCUCACCAUUAUGAAGCUGUCAAGAGCAUCAAAACUACGAUCCCAGGGUAUAAAGCGUGUGGAGCCAGCCCUUUACUCCAACUAUACUGACAAGUUCUUUGGAGACCAAAUGGUGGAGCGGGUGGAUCUUUGCUCUAUGUUGAAAAAGAAGCAACAAGAUGGCUAUUACCACACUGAGACUUCACUACAACUUGGUGCGCGUCGCCGGUCUGAGCCAGACGAGGCGGAGCUACUGAGGGUCAGCAGGAAACUGGUGGAGGAUGCCGUCAGUCGCGCUGUGCAACAAUACAAACAGGAAACACUUCAAAAUGGGGGCGGGGUUAAUUCUGUGGCGGUGCAGCUCCCUGGAAACACUGAGGAAAAUGCUGCAAAGACAGACACUACCGCUAACUUGACCACAGACAACAGGAAGUGACAUCUAAAGACCGAGGUACACAGACUGAUAGUCCAGCUGCCCACAGACCAUUAGCCAGACCUGGCUAACCAGAAGAAGAGUCCGUGUUCUGGGCAGAAAACCCUGGACCAGCCAACCAGUCAGUUUGCUGACCAACUACACCAGCUAGCCAACUUCAACGGCUAGCCAGCCAUGCUAGCUACCUGCCCACCUGACCAAGCUUGACACAGUGCUAAACAGAACAUGGAGCCGAAGACCAGUGCCACUCGAUGACUGUCUCAAAAGACAGGCUAGCUACGUCUGCUAGCUCACCAAACGUGGAGCAGAUUCAAAGAAAAGGAAAGAAACGCAGACAAACAAAAGCAGCAGGACUUCCUGUUGAAUUCUGAAAACUAAGUGUAUUCCCAUCACAUUUGGUCAGAACACACCAUGACGGUGAGGAUGUUGUCCCUCCCUCUUCUGCUCGUCUGUGGGUCCAUGUUAGCCAGAACACAUUUGUGAAGCACUCCUUCUCUGCACAUGUAGGGUUCACUGUGACCUCUCACUCACUAGAAUGAAAUGAAUCAUGUUUUGUGGACAGCUUGGUUUACUAUCACCAAAAUUUCUCUAUCAUGUCCCCCCCAACAAAAACCCUCCUUUCUCCUUCAGCAGAUUAUUUCAGGUAACGGAAAUCAUGCAGUUUAGAAAUUCAAUGACUGACGGUGUUGUGACUGGGCAAAUUACGCAAACUUAAAUGUGAAAUAUAGAGUCUCGUAUUUAGGGCUGUCACUUUUCACUGAUGCCGUCCUCUGCUGCUUCACUCAGGUGGAGCUAACCGAUGCGGUAAAAGGUGAGUCAGCAUUUUAAUUUCUUACUAUGGUGUAGAAUCCAAAGUAUGUUGCCACUUUUUAGGAUGCUUUAGUAUUUGGCCUGUCUGCAUCCUACAUUGUCACAGCAAAAUGUUAGGUUAAGAAAUUUUACUUCUAGUUUGUUUCACCCAAUUUAGAACACAUUAAAAGUGACAGCCCUAAUUAGGAGUUUGGAACUUGUUCCAUUACUGCAUCGACUUCAUUUUGUUGUAGGAUUAUGACUGUUUUUGUUUACAAACCAUCCCGCAGAUUUGUCUUCAUUCUAAAGCGGUUUGUAGAAAAUGGCUCCAGUUAUGACCCAAGUAUUUAAAAAAUAAAAUGUUCAGCUGAGACUACACGGAGACAAUCAUGAAGUUAAGGAAAAAAAAAAAUAAAAAAAUCAGCUCUUAACUUGAGCUGAUUUUGACAUGACUCCUGUUGGGUCCAUUAACAACAGUCUGCUCAUGAAUCCGGUGUCCCUCAGUCAGUCAGUCAGUCAUUCAUUCAUCUCCACUAAUGUAUUUACUUAAUGGAGACACUAUAGAUACUCAAAAUACUGCAACACUAUGACAACACACUACAAGCUGCCAAGAAUGUGUUUUACCCCAUUAAUGAGACUUUGUGCUUGUCUCAAUAAAAAAAAUAAUAAUAAAAAAAAGCCGUUACAUUUAUAUGUGAAAGGCUAUUAUGGCUGUUGCUAUUUGACACAUACAAUAAUUUAAUAGCCCCGCUUUGUGCCUGGUGAUCACAUAUAAAUGUAAAUUCAUUUCAUUCACUCUCUGUAUUGUCAGUUAAAGAGCAUGCACAUGAUUUAUUAGUUUUUCUUCUUCUUUUUUAAUCCAUUUAUCAAUAGUCUGAGUUUAAGCCUGGGCUCAGUGUUUACUUGGUAUUUGUGCUAAUCUGAGAGACUUUUAUUCUCAGUGACAGCCAAACAGCCAUUCAGAUGGAAAUGGCCACGCUGGAGGAAAGUUGAACUCCAUCAGACAAUCGCUGCUGUCAGCUGAAUGAUAAUCCACCGUGAUCUUAAUUUCGCUGUCUUCCAUCGAUAUGAGUGUGACCCCAAGAGCAUUAUCAUUCCAAGCCAUUCAGAAACACAUACUGCCAACAACAAUGUUUGGUUUUCAAAGGGGGGGGGCGGGGGCCUUCGACUGACAAGAUGACGAUGGCACAAGAUAAUGGUUAUAAACAUCUGACAUUUUAACUAUUGUAUUUAUUUGCUUUAGUUUUGCAGCAGAAUCACUGUCAGAAUUAUUAAGUUCAAGUGAACAACUGAAAAAGAUGUUUUAUUUUGAAUUCAGUUUGCAUUUAAAUGUUUAAAAAAAAAAAAAGCACAAACUUUAGAUUUUGGGUUUUUUUUAUUACCUAAUUUUAAGAGAGCAGGUAGAUGCUGUUAAAUCAAACUGCCUCUGUUUAGAGUGGCCUUUAGUCACUAAAACUAAUUGAUGAAGAUUUUUGUUGAAGUGUUGAAGGUGACAAUGCACAGGUAACAUUUUAGCCAACACGAGUAAAUUGGUGAUGAUAAAUGUUCAAAUGUGGAAAUUGAUGGGGGAAAAAAGAAAUCCACCUCGAGACAGAAUUCAUGUUAUUUGUACUUUAAAUCAUAAUUAUGUUGCUGUGAAAAGAGUGACUCGGCUUGUCGGCUCAGAUUUUGUGCCAUAUGAGGUUUAUUUCCCUUUAGUUCAAACAGGCGUGAGGUGGAAAAUGUUCUCUUAUCCCUGUGAAAUCCACUUCAGUCCUGUCAUGGACUCACUGAAACAUGAAUAACACAAGAGAAUUCUGUCUUAAGGUGGACGCUGAACGUUUUUGUUUUGAUCUUAUUAUUGUCACCGGAUCCUUAAUCUCCUUAAAAAUCCCCUUUAAUCCACAAAUUGUCCUGUUGAUUUGUUUGUUUAAUCUGUUCAUCCGUUUGUGAGCGCGUGUGUGUGUGUGUGUGUGUGUGUGUUCACAAAGUGACUGUGGGAUGCUGGAUCAGAGCUUCCCCAGAGAAAGUCUCGUCACUAUCAGUUAUAAAAACACAGAGGCGAGUGUGAGAACGCCUCAACAAAUUUGUCUUUUCUGUUUGUCUUUCCCUGUCAGUGUGUGUGUGUGCAUGUGUGACUGCCUCGGUGUGUUUGUACUGUGUGUUUUAUCAUGUUCUGCCAUAUUUGAACAAUAAAACAGGAUAUGAGAUUCACAACCAA